AUGCCUAGAAUCAGAACUCAUGCGACCAAAAAGGCCCCCGAAGGGUUCGACAAAAUUUCUCCCACUCUAAACGAAUUUGCUAUCCAAUUGAAGGAAGCGGAAAGCGAAAAGGGUUCGAAACUCUCUACAAAGAACACAGAAUCUACGUGGCAAGUGUUCCAAAUCCACCACGAACGAAGCAGAUACGUCUACAAUUUGUUCUACAAGCGCAAAGCCAUAUCUAGAGAGCUUUACGAGUGGCUACUACGUGAAAAAUACGCCGAUAAACAAUUGAUAGCCAAAUGGAAGAAGAAGGGGUACGAAAAACUAUGCUGUUUACAAUGCAUACAGUCAAAUGAAACAACAAACGGCAAAACUUGCAUAUGUAGAGUACCAAGAGCUACCCUCGAAGCCAACGCGGCCAAGAAAAAAGAACCGGUAACCUUCAAACAAUGUAUUCACUGUGGUUGUUCCGGAUGUGCUAGCAGUGAUUGA